AUGGCGACCUCUGGUUUGGGAACACCGUUGGAAACCCGUACAACAUGGGACGCAAGUCUCACAUGGCGACCGGAGGACCCGGACUUGACCUUCUGGUUCCAGCGCAUCAUUCUACAAUGGGUGCCCUGUUUCUUACUGUUUCUCUUCACAUUCUACGAGGUGUACGGUAUUGUAACCAGCAGAUACCGGGACAUCCCGUGGAAUUGGCUGAACAUCUCAAAAAUUGUCAUCACCUUCAUGCUGAUGACGCUCCGUGGAUUGACCAUGAUCGUUAACUACCACAACCAGCAGGAUGUGUUCGACGUGCAGAUAUUGGUGGCCGUUUUCAACGCUCUGGCUUAUAUAACGACCAUCGCCCUAUACUACUUUUUCCGGAAGUACGGUAUCCGAAGCGCGGGAACGAUCUUCAUCUUCUGGUUCCUGAAAGCCUUCCUCGACAUCAUCCAGAUGCGAACGGAAGCUAUGAAGCACGCCAAACGAGAAAACCCGAUCGGAUCCGGCAAAACGGUCAUCUUUGAUGAGUACCAAUUUGUCAGUUACACACUGCAAUACUCGCUGAUUUGCUUGAUAACGCUGUUGGAGAUCUUCCCUGAUCAAGCCCCACGCUAUACUGACUACCCCAAGCAGAAGAACUAAAGCCCCGAGUUGCGGUCCAGCUUCUUCAUCAAGCUGCUGUAUUUGUACUUCGAUCGGUUCACGUGGACCGGUUUCCGCAAGCCACUGACCGACGACGACAUGUACGAUCUGAACCCGCAGGACAUGUCCCGGGAGCUGGUGCCUCCGUUCGAUAAGUACUGGUAUGAGAGUGUCGAAAGUGGACGUCGGAAACAGAUGGCUACGGAUAAGAAGGCCGGCAAGGUGAACCCCGUCUACAAACCGAAUGCCGCCUCGAAUAGGUCGAUCCUUCCGGCGAUGGUCAAGGCGUACGGUGGGCCGUUCUGGUUCGCGGGGUUGCUCCAGAUCGGAAUCUCCGGACUGCCAUAUCUUAUGCAGGAGCUGAUGGGUAACAUCGCCAUGAAUGGACCUUUCUGGAUCGGAAUGACGAUAACGUUUGCUCUGUUCUUAAACUCGCUGUUGAUCGCACUGUUCAACGGUCAGUACUUCCGCAAGACGUUCCUUGUCGGUUUCCGCAUCCGAACGGGUUUGAUCAGUGCCAUCUAUCGGAAAGCCCUCCGCAUAUCGAGCUUCGCUAAGAAGGACACCACCGUGGGAGAAAUCGUGAACCUUAUGGCAGUCGACGCGCAGCGGUUCUUCGAAUUGACGUCCUACUUGUACGUUCUGUGGUCAGCUCCCAUCAUUAUCGGAGUUUGCAUCUUUUUUCUGUACGAGAUCCUCGGCCCGGCAGUGUUCGCUGGACUCGGAGUGAUGGUCUUUAUGAUUCCGAUCACCGGAGUCAUCGCUACUCGGCUACGUGAUCUCCAGGUGAAACAGAUUAACAUCAAGGACGAGCGUGUGAAGAAAAUGAACGAAAUCUUGAGCGGCAUGAAGGUGUUGAAGCUUUACGCUUGGGGGCCCAGUUUCCAGGAUGACAUAGUAGGCGUCCGGCACGGAGAAAUCGACAUUUUGCGAACCAUGGCCUACUAUGGGGCAGCGACUUUCUUAGUGUGGAGUAUGGCACCGUUCCUGGUGACGCUGGCUUUAUUCGCAGUGUACGUCAUGAUCGAUGAGAACAACGUACUCGAUCCGCAAACAGCCUUCGUUUCCCUAGCACUGUUCAACAUCCUACGCUUCCCGUUGGCUAUGUUCCCCAUGAUGAUCACGUUUGCCAUGCAGGCGUGGGUAUCGGUUCAGCGUAUCAACAAGUUCAUGAACAGUGAAGAACUGGACCCGACCAAUGUGACACACAACCGCAGCGAGGAUGCCCUCUCGAUCAAAGACGGAACAUUCUCGUGGGGUGACGAGACGCCAAUCUUAAAGAAUAUAAAUCUAGCGGUGAAGAAAGGCAAGCUGUCUGCGGUGGUCGGUAGUGUCGGCACGGGUAAGAGUUCUCUUAUAUCUGCGCUGCUUGGAGAAAUGGAGAAGAUCAAGGGUACGGUCAACACCGAUGGAUCGAUUGCCUUCGUUCCACAGCAGGCCUGGAUUCAGAACGCCACCUUGCGGGAGAAUAUUCUGUUCGGAAAAGCGUAUAAUGCGCAGAAAUAUGAUCGUGUCCUGGAAUGCUGUGCGCUGAAACCGGAUUUGGAGAUGCUUCCAGGUAGAGAUAAGACGGAGAUCGGUGAGAAGGGUAUUAACUUGUCCGGUGGACAGAAACAGCGAGUAGCCUUAGCUCAGGCCGUCUACGCAGAUGCAGAAAUCUACCUGUUCGACGAUCCGCUUAGCGCCGUAGAUGCUCACGUUGGCAAGCACAUCUUCGAAAAGGUUAUUGGACCUGAGGGUAUAUUGGUGGGACGAUCGCGACUUCUGGUAACCCAUGGUAUUUCGUUCCUACCAAGUGUGGAAGAAAUUUUCGUGGUGAAGGACGGUGAAAUAUCGGAAAGCGGAUCUUACCAACAGUUACUUGAUCAGAAGGGCGCUUUUGCCGAAUUCCUCAUGCAACACUUCCAAGAACUUGACGAAGAAGACGAGGAAAUUCAGAUUAUUCAGGAGAUUCUGAAGGAUGAAGUCUCUAGGAACAUCGUAAAACGAGCAAUGUCAACUCGAUCUCAGAGGUCUUCCGGUAGUGGUGGAAGUGCUGGUAGUGUUUGCCGGAAAACGAUGAGUCGACAAGAGUCUCGAAACAGCAACAAGCCAGUGGAAGCUCCAGCUGCCCCUGCCAAGGGUACGACUUUGAUCGAAAAGGAAGAAUCUGCAACGGGUGCCGAGUUGAACAUGGCUUUCUGGGCAAUAGGUUCAAGUGUCGUUAAUCAAGCUUCUGCCAGCUACGGCAACAUUUGGCUCACGGAUUGGUCCGAAGACCCGGAGGCAGCUACUAACACCUCCGUAAGAGACAUGUACCUUGGAGUGUAUGUAAGUUUUUGA